AUGGGGGUGGUCCUUGAAGAGGCGCUCCAGGCCACGACACAGGAGCGAGAGACAGAAGUUUCUGAAAGCCUCAACAAGCUCGUGGAGGAGACCAACCGCCACGUGGCUGAUGUCAAGCAUGGCCUUGAGAUCCUGAAACAGCGCUCAGAGGAGGAAGCUGCCAAGCAGCCAAACUCUGCGCAGAUGAAGAUCAGGACAAAUAUGCAGCAAGCCAUGGCCAAGAAGCACCAGCAGCUCCUGAUGGACUUUCAGAAGGCACAGAUGGACUUCAAGCGCACCCUGGAGCACCGCCAGCUGCGGGAAAUGCAGAUUCUGAUGCCCGAGGCUACGGAGCAACAGCGGCAGGAAAUGAUCUCCGAUGGGCAGACUGCUGCUCUCAUGGUGGCCAAGAAGAUGGCGGGCACCCACGCGCUGCUUUUGGAUGAGGUGCGGCGCAUACAGGAUAAGCACAAGGACAUCAUUCGGCUAGAGCAGAGCAUCACUGACCUGGCUCAGAUGUUUGAAGAGAUGGCUGUCCUCGUCGAUGCGCAGGGAGAGAUGUUGGAUGCAAUUGAGGUUCACGUCAACAACACCAAGGGGUACACUGCCAAAGCAGAGCAGGAGUUGAUAAAGACAAGGAAGGCACAGAUGCAGGGAAGAAAAUGGAUGUGUUGCCUAUCUAUCGUGAUUUUAAUCGUUCUCCUUGUGAUCCUUGGGCCGAUUCUCAUCAGAUAG